AUGGACGCGUCGAUAACUUCCUCGCCGCCGCGGGGUACCAAGCGCAAGGCAGAUGAGAUGCAAGCGCCCCGUCGUAUUCGCGCCCUGCAUCAAGAUGUCGUAAACAAGAUUGCAGCUGGCGAGAUCAUUGUGGCUCCGGUGCACGCGCUCAAGGAGUUGAUGGAGAACGCCGUCGACGCGGGAUCGACAAGUCUGGAAAUUCUGGUCAAAGAAGGUGGUCUGAAGCUGCUUCAAAUUACAGACAAUGGCUGCGGCAUCAGCAAAGAUGAUCUGCCCAUUCUUUGCGAGCGUUUCACAACAUCGAAGCUCAAAUCCUUCGAAGACUUGCAGUCGAUUGGAACCUAUGGCUUCCGAGGCGAGGCACUGGCGAGCAUCAGCCACAUUGCACAUCUCACAGUGACGACCAAGACAGCGGAGUCCAGCUGUGCUUGGAAAGCGCACUAUGCGAGUGGCAAGCUAUCACCAGCAAAGCCAGGACAGUCUGAUGAGCCCAAAGCGUGUGCUGGAAGACAAGGUACCCAAAUUGCUGUAGAAGACCUGUUUUACAACGUCCCCACAAGGCGACGUGCUUUCAGAUCUGCCAGCGAAGAGUACGCAAAGAUAGCGGAAAUGGUUGGCAAGUAUGCAGUGCACUGUGAGGGCGUGGCGUUCUCUUGCAAGAAGCACGGCGAGGCUGGCGCAGGCGUCGCUGUCCCAGCAAACGCCAGCGUCCGUGACCGCAUUCGCAUUACACAGAGUGGAAACGUGGCGAAUGAGCUCAUGGACUUACAGAUUUCGAAUGACCAAUACGCUUUCAAGGCCACUGGUCUUGUCAGCAACGCGAAUUACAGUGGCAAGAAAACCACAUUGAUGCUUUUCAUCAACCAUCGGUCGGUCGAGUCGUCCGCGAUCAAGAAGGCCGUGGAGCAAACAUACUCCGUGUUCUUGCCAAAGGGCGCCAAACCGUUCAUCUAUCUCAGCCUCGAAAUCGACCCAGCGCGGGUAGACGUCAAUGUACACCCUACAAAGCGGGAGGUCAAUUUCCUCAACGAAGACGAGAUCAUUGAGCUGGUUUGCGACGAAAUCCGCACAGGUCUGGGCAAGGUCGAUACCAGCAGAACUUUCAUGACUCAGAGUUUGCUCAGUGGUGCGAAAACACCGGCUAUCGCCAAAGGCACGACUCUCCCCGAAACACCAACGCCUGCCGCAUCAAUAUCUCAGCGGCCAUCGACUACACAGACUGGCAGUGCGCGCAGACCAUAUGAGAACAACCUGGUCAGAACAGACGCCAAGACGCGAAAGAUUACAGCUAUGCUUCCCUCAGCGCAGCAGGCAGAUUCAACUUCUCACGAACCUGCCUCAGAUGGUAUGGAAUACGAGUAUACUGACAAAGAGCCAACAAUCUGCCGCCUAACCACGAUAAAGGAUCUUCGCGCUUCGGUGAGGGAGAGUAUGCACAACGAGUUGACUGAUGUGUACGCAAACCACACGUUCGUCGGCAUUGCUGAUGAGGCCAAACGCAUCGCCGCGAUUCAAGGUGGGGUCAAGCUUUUUCUCAUCGACUAUGGAAUGACCGCCGCGGAAUACUUUUACCAGCUCGGGCUCACAGACUUCGGUAACUAUGGCACCAUCAGAUUCAAUCCUCCGCUAGCUCUGUCGGAGCUACUCCAAAUCGCAGUGGAGCAGACAAAGGCUUCGCAGCCUAGCGACACGGCCAUUGAGUGGGAGGAGGUUGUCACGACAGUGACCGAUCGGCUGGUUUCUCGCAGAGAUAUGCUUUCGGAAUAUUUUGCGCUCGAAAUCACUCCAGAAGGUGAUCUUUUGACAAUUCCUCUUCUUGCCAAGGGCUACAUGCCGUCAAUGGCGAAGCUGCCCAACUUCUUGCUUCGUUUGGGUCCGCACGUGGACUGGACUGACGAGAAAGGAUGUUUCCAGAGCUUCCUUCGAGAACUAGCGAGCUUCUAUGCACCAGAAGCUUUGCCACCAGAGCCUGAAGAUGAUAGCGCCGAAGACGAAGACAUCGCUGAGCGCCGUCGACAUCUUCGUCGCGCACUAGAGAACGUGCUGUUCCCUGCCUUCAAGGCGAGGCUGGUGGCGACGAAGAGUCUUCUGAAGGGCACAGUUGAAGUGGCCAACCUCAAGGGACUUUACCGGGUCUUCGAGAGAUGCUGA